AUGGGUAAAAACGGAAAGUUCGGCAAAGAUUAUGGAAAAGUGGUUGGUAAAGACCUUCCUGGUCGACCCGGAUGGAAAGGCCCAGGAUUCACAAAAAAAGCCGAACCAAAACCAAGAAAGACAAACCAAGAAGAGGAGAAAGAUCUACCUAAAGAAUCUCUUCUUCCUAUAAAGUUGCAACAGCUCUUGUUGAAUGUUUUCAGAGACGCAUAUUCAGGUGUCAUCGAUUCCGAUAACUUUCAACAGCUUCUGCAGGACGUCAAAGGAGCUUUAUAUGAUAGAGAUUUCAGUCGUGCAUUUGGAAACGACGAAUAUCUCGAUGUUUAUUCUGCAAGAUGGUCACCCAGCAGGUCAUUAUGUUAUGCUUCAAUUCUUUUGGACCUUCAAGAACAUUUCGGAGAAAUACUGCCACGUGAUAAGAGCGCUCAAAUGAAAGUUGACUCUGAGGCCACGACCGAUGCUGCUUCCUCCACAACUCCUCCUAAGUCAACGUCACGAGUUAUAUCUAUCGGUGGGGGCGCAGCCGAAGUUGUUGCAUUCGGAGGCUACUUAAAGCAUGGAUUUCAAACUUCAGGCACGGGAACGACUUCUCAAACCGCUGAUGAUGCAAUGACUUCCCUUACUUUAUCUGAUGCAAAUGAUAGAAUCGAAUUAUUACUUGUAGAUACAGCAUCCUGGGCAAAUGUUGUCAAAAAACUUCACACCGGUAUCACAACUCCGCCGCCAAUAUCCAAAUAUGCAAGCGCAUCUGCUAAAGAAGCAAACUCGGCUCUUGUUAAGCCUGAAGAUUUCACUACAAAAUUUCUGAAACAUGACGUAUUAGCCAUGAGCCAAGCUGAGCUUGGUGAUCUGUCUGGCAAAAAGCCCGUUCUUGUUACGUUAUUCUUCACCCUGAAUGAGCUAUACACGGCAUCAAUUAGCAAAACGACUGCUUUCUUACUCAAGAUGACAUCAGUUCUUCCAAAAGGGUCCCUUCUUCUAGUUGUGGAUAGUCCAGGGUCAUAUUCAGAAACCACAGUCGGUACAGAAGAGAAAAAAUAUCCAAUGAAGUUUUUACUUGACCAUUUUUUGAUUGAGACGCAAAAGUCAAGGGGGAAAGAGAGCGUUCCUGACUGGGUCAAAGUCCACUCCGAGGACUCUCAGUGGUUUAGACUACCUGAAACUCUCCGAUAUUCAAUUCCUUUGGAAAAUAUGCGAUACCAGGUACAUCUUUACCGUCGUUCAUAA